AGAAAGAGCACUAACUCCCCGGAAUGCGAGCUAAGCCAUGUUUGUUGUCGUCGACAAGAUUCCGAAGAUCCUGCAGAAGAACUAAGCUAUCACAAGUGUGGUAACAGGAGUCCAAUAUUCUUCACGGGUAGAGUAGUGAACUCGAAAACUUCUGCACAAACAGAAUUUGGUGAAUGGCCUUGGCAAGCGGCAAUACUUAAACGAAGCGGUGCUGCAUUUUUCUUCGUCUGUGGUGGUACACUCAUAGAUGAUCAACAUGUCUUGACAACUGCACAUUGCGUCACUGGUUUUCGGAAUAACGAUGAAAACUUAGUUGUAAGGUUAGGGGAAUGGGACACUCGAGCAGCCACUGAAACAUAUCCUCAUGAAAACUUCAAUGUGUCACAAGUACUUAUUCAUCCAGAUUACCGAUUCAGAAAUUAUCAGAACGACAUUGCCAUCUUAAAGCCAACCGAAGUCGAUUUUAAGCCUCAUAUUAACAUGGCCUGCCUACCUAGAGAGGAUGAUAACUUCACUAAUCAGACUUGCGUUGUCACAGGAUGGGGACAGGACGCAUUUAAAAAUGGCUCAUUCACACAAGUCAUGAAAAAAGUGUCACUUCCAGUCAUUGGGCAUACCGAGUGUCAGGAAAAACUAAGGAAUACAAUCCUAGGUCCUCGCUUCAAACUUCACAGUGGCUUCUUUUGCGCAGGUGGCAAAGAAGGUGAAGAUUCAUGUACAGGUGACGGUGGAGGACCUUUGGUUUGUCUUCAGGAGGACAAUACCUACGUUCUAGCUGGCAUUGUUUCCUGGGGUCUUGAAUGUGGUACUAAAGAUGUUCCAGGGGUGUAUGUCAACGUUCAAAAAUACGUAAAUUGGAUAUCUUCAAGUACUGGAAACCCAGUGGAAGAGUAUUGGAAAAUUGACUGAUGACUUGACUUUUUAAUCAAUUGAUUUAAUAAAGGGUGUUUUGA